AUGGCUGUUGGAGCAAACACUGAAGCUAGAUCUGUUGAAGGAGCUGGAAGAAGAGGAAUGAAGCGUAAUAACAAAAUACUCAAGGACAGCAUCCAGGGAAUAACAAGGCCCUCAAUUAGGCGACUUGCACGACGUGGUGGUGUAAAGCGUAUAUCUGGACUUAUGUAUGAAGAAACAAGGGACGUAUUGAAAGUAUUCCUUGAAAAUAUGAUCAGGGAUACAAUAACUUAUACUGAACAUGCAAAGCUCAGUGAAAGGUGUAAAAAUGAUGGUCGGUAUGAAAUUAAUGUCAGUGGUGAUGGAAUUGUUCCUUCUGCUUCCCCUCCUACUUAUACUCCUCCUCCUGCCCCUCCUACUACUGUCACUACUACUACUCCCACUGCUCCCCCUCUUUCUAAUACCCCUCUUUCUAAUACCCCUAUUUCUAAUACCCCUCUUCCUAAUACCCCUCUUCCUAAUACCCCUCUUCCUAAUACUAGUGGCAAUGAUAAUAAUAAUGGGGGCGAAAGUACCGGACUUAUCAUUGGAGCUAUUGGUGGUGGAUUAUUUGUUUUAGCAACUCUCAUUAUUAAUCAAAAUAGAGGAGGUAUUCAAAGAACAUAG